AUUUACUUACAGUUUAUCUUUUCUUAUAUUUUAUAUUUACUUAUUCUAAUAUUAUAAUAGAUUUUUAAUGUAAUAUAUUUUUGUAUUUUAUAUUUACUUAUUAUUUAUUUAACUAUACAUCUUUUAGAUAUAUGUUUAAUUUAGUUUUUCAUUUCUUAUAUUUUAUAUUUACUUACAGUUUAUCUUUUCUUAUUUUGUAUAUUUAAACAUUCUAAAUUUCUUGUUUUUAUAUCAAUGGUAAUAUUACGAUAUGUAUUUAGUGUAAUAAUUUUAUUUCUUAUACACUAUAUGUACUUAUUUAUUUUUUCUUAUAUUUUAUAUUUAAUUAUUCUAAUAUUUUGAUAAAUGUAUAAUAAAAUAUUUCUAUUUUUAUAAUGUGCAUUUAGUUAUUAUUUAUUUACUAUACAUUUUCAGAUAGAUAUUUAAUUUAGUUUUUUAAUUUCUAAAAUAUAUAUUUACUUAUUCUAAUUUUCUUGCUUUUAUAUCAAAUGAUAAUAUAACGAUAUAUGCCUUUUGUAUUUCUUAUAUUUUAUAUUUACUUAUUCUAAUAUUAUAAUAGAUGUUUAAUGUAAUAUUUUUAUAUUAUAUAUUUACUUAUUGUUUAUUUAACUAUACAUUUUCAAAUAUAUGUUUAAUUCAGUUUUUUAUUUUUAUAUUGUAUGUUUACUUACUGUUUAUCUUUUUUAUUUUUUAUUUAUUUAUUUUAAAUUUCUUACUACGUACGGGCACAAAAAUUAAUAUGCAUAUCUUAUGAUACUCUAAUAUAUACAAUAAUAUUGGUCGAAGAUCCAAUGAGGUAACUAAUCAGAUCCUCAAAAAAGUUUCCUACCUGAUAUACUGUUGUUAUAAUCUGAUCCAGUAAAAUGAUGUGGAUUCUCUAGUCUAGUGUUGUGUGAGAAGAAUUCACUCACUUGUACGCACAUCGUUUUAUCUUUUUGUUUUUGUUUUUAUUGGCUCUUCAUAUUUUGCAUAAUACUUGUGUUUAUGGUCCACUAAUCACGUGUUCACUCUAUUUCUAUACAUAAGCAUCACCAAAACAUGCAAAACUUCUAAAAAUUAGAACUUUUUGUUUGAAGAAUAUGCCUUUCUAAAGAUAAGCCAUAAAACUAAUUUUAAAUAGCUAAUUCUUUAUAUAGAGAGAAUGUACUUAUUUUUACCUCAUUUGCAAAUAUUAUACUAUGGUUUCUCUGUCUUUUUGAAGAAUUAAACUCUGAAAAAAAACAGAAUACUCAAGUUACAUCUUCUAUCUGAAUCAUGUUAAACAAGUCAAAUGAUAUUAAUUUGAACAGAAUAGAAAAAGAAUAUGAAUAGAAUAGUCAAAGACGUAUACUGAUUUUUGUUUAUAUACAGAAAAGUUGAGAAAAUUGAAUAUGAAACGAUGGAGAAAAAGAGAAAAAAAAAACAGUUAUGGAAAAUUAUAUAGUAGAAGAUGAAACAGGUUGAAGUCAUAUCAUGAUUUGAGAAGUUAUAUAUGACGUGAAACAGAUUCGUAGAUCAGAAGUUAUGUAGGAAAAAAAAUAUUUGAAGUGGUGAAAACUAAUUUUGAACGUGGGAUGAGAUCCUUUGAGAAAAUAUAGGAGUUUAGAUAUAUUUGAAGUUGCAAAUUUUGGAAAGGGGAAAUUUUACUUUUACACUUUGUUGAAUACCACUUUUCAAUUUUACCAUUAGUCUAAGGAUAUUUUCAGAAAUACCACUUUCAUUAAUGAGCAAAAGGCAAUAAUACCCUUACCUUAUCUUCUUCUCCACCAUCGGUUUCUCUCCUUCUCCUCGAGUCACCAUCGUCUCUCUCUCACCGUCGUCUCUCUCUCUCACCAUCGAUUUCCGGCGUCUCUCUCACCAUCUAGUUUCGGCGUCUCUCUCACCGUCUAGUUCCGUCGACUUUCUCUUACCGUCGACUUCUGGCGAUGAAAUCGAUUCAAAAUCUACAAGAUGUCAACUCCUAUACGUGAUUCACAACUUGAAACCUCUUCUGCAGAUCCGUUAUGUCUACGUAGGGACUCAACAAGGGCUCCGACAAUUACUGAAGUGUUGGAGGUGGAGAAGAAAAAUAAUGGUGUGGUUACUACAAUGUUUGGAUUCUCUGAGGAAUUCAAACAUUUGGUGAACCCAACACAUCCUGAUGAUAAGGACUUUGACAGUGUUGUACAACUAGUUCAACAAGGAUACAAAGUGAAGAAAAGCGAUUGGGAAGAAGGAUUUGUGGAUGUUUUCUUACAACAGAAGACGUUGGUCGACAAAGCAGGACAGAAAACAAAGAUGUACAGCAUAACCUCUAAGGAGCAAACACAAGAUGAAGAAGAACAACAAGUGGAAGCUGGUGCUGAAUUCGGCGACGGUGAUAAAGAAAGAGAAACAUCAAAAAUCAAUGAAGGGCAGACACUUGAGGAAGGAGAAGAAGGACAAAUGGAAGCUGAUACAGAAGUUGAGGAGCCCGUGCAAGUUGAAAGGCAGAAUGAAGAAGAGGAAAUAAGCCAUCAUAAUACUGUUUAGGAACAAAAGCAUAAGAAGAAUAAAGAGAAAAGAAAAGAUGAAGCGUAUGAGAAAGCUAAGGAGAAAUUUCAAGAUGAAGAUGGUUCCAAACUCGAUAAGUUAAUCCAAAUGCUUUAUGAUUUGAAUAAACGAGAAGAAGUAAUCGAGAAUGUCUUACGAUUGGUAAGCAAAUAACUUUACCAAGCACUUAUAAAUAUUUUCACAUGUUAUUUUCUUUACCUAUUAUGACAUGAUUUCUUGAAGGCACCUGAUGGUUAUGAGAGUCCAUGCAACUAUGAUGAUACAAAAGGUGCACCAAAUGAUGAAAAUGAAAAAGAAGAAAAUUCUGGUGGUAAAAGAAAUGCAACAGAUGAUGAAAAUGAUGAAGAAGAAAUUUCUGAUACACAACAACUGACGUUAGUGAAUAUUCUUGGGGAAAAUGAGAAUACAGAGAAAAUCACUCUAGACGAAGACACUGAAAAAAGUGAAGAAAAAAAAUGCAUGAAACAAAAGUUACAGUUACAAUUCUAAAAAAAGAGAAUAUAAAUGUUUAUAAAUUUUUUGAUAUUAAGCUUAACUAAUCUUAUCUUUUGUAGAUGACGUCAUCUACUCCAACAUUCACUACUCUAAACUUUGAUAUAAGAGUAUAAAAUUUAAUAUAUUUUAUAAGGCUUUGUAAAUUUUAAUGUAUAAAGCUUAAAAUUACAGUUUCUAAAUAAUUUGUUUACAGAUUACAUCGCCUAUAAAUAAUUUUUCGCAAGAGAUGAUUAAAACAUUUAUAAGCAUUAUCUAUGGAUUCAUAAACAACAAUGUAUUAAAAUUUAUUAAAAAUCACUUAUAAACCUUCGUAAAACUCAGAUAUACUAGUUUAUAAAGUAUUAUAUAAACUCAGAGAUGAAAUUUAAACACAAAAAAAUGAUAUGUAAAGGCUGAUAAAUAACUUAUAACCCCUUAUAUAUCUUAUAAUAAGAUUUUAGAAAGCAUUAUGAAAAUUAAUGAUAAAAAGUUUAAAAAGUAAAAUCGGUGAUAUAAAUACAUGCUACUGUUACCAUUGACACAAGUGCUUGGUUCCAUGCCUUUACUCGUUGAACUAGUCUAGUCCUUCAAUCUCUCUGAAGGUGAAACUGCUAGACCAAGUUCAGUGUUUUAUGUUUUACCAAGCAAAAUUCCCUCAUGUAUCUUACGUUUUGUGGGACACACAUUACAGAAACAAUAUUGGUAACCUUAGAAACUCAUGUUUUGUCAUCAACCGCUUUGUCAUCUUCCAUAGCGUUUCUUUUUCUUGUAAAAUGAUGAUUAAUAUUUCAUAAAUAAUGUGUGUUUUUCUAGAUAAGUUAUCAAUUGGUUAAUUUUAUGAAAUAAUCAGGAAAUGUCUGUUCUUCUUCCUAGAAUCAUCCUCUUGAUGGCUCAUGUGAUGAAGAUCAAGAUAUGUUUUGUUUUCAUGUUAAAAGGAAGCAUGUGAAGAACAUUGGGCAUAUAGUAUAACAGGGUUGCAACAGAGAGUCUAACAGAUAAGUUAUUUGGGACUUUUAUCUUCAUUACGGAUAAGAUCUUAUUGUAACAAAACAGAACAAAUCCACAUGUUGUUUCCUUUCCAAGCCAUCCAAAACACAACAAAACAGCAGGGACGCUCACUUCACUUCUCUGUGGUUUCUUAUACUAUGAUGGAAAACCAACAAUCUCAACUUAAAUGCAAUAGCUAAUUCUUUCCAGAGGUUUCCACACUUGUCUCUAGUCCUGCCUCACGUACCUAUGAUUACAAAAGUGGAUAUCUCUUUGGUAAUAUUAAGAAGCAAAAAGUAAUUCAAAAAUCAGUAAUAAUAGUUAACAAACUAUUUCAAAGUCUAUAAAUCUAUUUAUAAAAGUCUAUAAAGCCAGUUACAAAAAGUUUAUAAGAGUUUAUAAAAUCUUUUAUAAAUAUACAAAUGAUUUUAUAAGAGUUCAUAAAUCAUUUUAUAAGGUUAAUUAAUAAGAACUUAUAAAGAGAUUAUAAACCUUUUAUAAAGGUUUAUAAAUAUUUGUAGAAGUUUAUAUAGGUUUCUAAAAUGUUAAUUAACGGUCUAUAACAAAGAUUUAUAAAAAAUAAUUAUAAAGAUAUAAUUUAUAAAAGUUUAUAAAGAUUUAUAAAAAAAAUUAUUCAUAGUUUAUAAACCAUUUAUAAAGGGUUAUAAAUAAAAUAUAAAGGCUUUAUAAGAAUUUAUAAAA